GCACGGCGGCUCCCCUCCCUGGCAAAAGCAGUCGGGGAGAAAGCUGAACUGGGGGUGAUCACUAUGCAGGGGAGGCUCCACCUUAACAUAACCUAAAGCGGGAUAUAAGGAGCGCGAAGAUGACUGAGGGCAGGCUGUGCCAAGUGCAGCUGCUGGAUGACAGGAAGCUGGAGCUGCUGGUUCAGCCGAAGCUGCUGUCGUACGAACUCCUCGACUUGGUGUCCUCCCACUUCAACCUCAAAGAAAAGGAAUUCUUUGGACUCGCAUUUUUUGAUGACAAUGGUCAGCGUAAGUGGUUGCAGAUGGACCGCAGAGUUCUUGAACAUGACUUUUCGAAGAAGCCCGGGCCCAUUGCCCUCAACUUCCUGGUCAGGUUUUAUGUAGAGAACAUAACGCAGCUGAAGGACAUCAUAACGGUGGAGUUAUUCUUCCUGAAUGCGAAAUCUGCUGUCUACAAUGGGAUCAUUGAAGUGGAAAGUGAAAACGUCUUCAAAUUAGCUGCAAAUGCUUUGCAGGAGGCUAAGGGAGACUACACAAGUGAUGAAAACACUCGAGCUGAGUUGAAGAAGCUACCAACUCUUCCCACCAAAGUACUCAAGGAACACCCAUCACUUGCAUACUGUGAGGAUCGAGUAAUUGAAUAUUAUAAACAGCUGAAAGGGUUGUCCCGAGGACAAGCCAUUGUGCAGUAUUUGACAUUAGUGGAAUCCUUGCCCACGUACGGCGUGCACUAUUAUGAAGUUAAGGAUAAACAAGGGAUCCCAUGGUGGCUUGGAAUCAGCUAUAAGGGCAUCGGCCAGUACGACCUGCAGGAUAAAUUAAAACCUCGAAAGCUAUACCAGUGGAAGCAGCUGGAAAACUUGUACUUCAGAGAAAAAAAAUUUGCUGUAGAAGUUAAUGAUCCACACAGGAGAGCAGUAACCAAGCGCACCUUUGGGCAGACAGGGCUACUUAUCCACACAUGGUAUGCCAGCCAUUCUCUGAUCAAAACCAUUUGGGUCAUGGCUAUUAGCCAGCACCAGUUUUACUUGGACAGAAAGCAAAGCAAAGCUAAAUUAGGAACAGCAAGGAGUUUGGAGGAAAUCGCCAUGGAUCUCACGGAGCACGGAGGAGCAAAAAUGAACAGACUGGGAGACACAGGCCUAAAGAAUAACUUCAUAACAGCCAGCAAUGGGAGCCUGGUAUCUACAGGUUCUGCAGACUCUGAAAUGAGUGAGGAACAGAAGAAAGAGAAACUCUCCGAGCUGAGAAAAAAAGAACAAGAGAUCCAAGAUAUUUUGGCCAAGAAAACAAAAGAACUGAAAAAGAUUUGCCUGCGAGAGGCGGAGCUUACUGGCAAGCUGCCAAAAGAGUAUCCACUCUCCUCAGGUGAAAGACCGCCACAGGUCAGACGGCGAGUCGGCACUGCUUUCAAGUUAGAUGACCUGUUCCCCUACAAUGAGGAUCCUUUCCUGAGGAACCUGGAGAGCAGAUUUGCCCUGCAGCAAAAGAUUGUGGAGGCGGCUAAGAAACUUGCAAAUGAGCCAGAAUUGUGCAAAACAGUCAAGAAGAAGAGGAGAAGAAACUGUUUGGAUGCCAUGCACAAACUCCAGCAGAUAGAGGAUGAGAUGAACCAGUACAGAAUCAAGAAGGGAAAAAAGCCCACGCAGCGGGCCUCAGUAAUCAUUGCAGAUGAACUCGUCCGUUCAGACUGUAGCUCCCUGUCUAGUCUCCCACUGGAUGAUGAUGACUCAGACGGCGUCAGCCAGAGGCCACGCUCACGGUCAGUCCAAGUUUCCCCUCAGCUUAGUCCAAUGCGAUCGCUGGGGGCAGAAUAUGAUCUGGAUAGACAGGCAUCUCCGAGGGAAAAUCACAAUAACAAGAACCACAGCAGAUUAGCUUUUGAAGGUCAGGAGGCUUCCCACUACUACCAGAAUCCAAGAGAGGUCUCCUCCACCCACAGUAGUCCCUAUAAAACCCUUCCCAGACCUCCUAGAGAUCCACGCAGCAUGCCUCCCACCCCGGUUAUGACCCGCAAUGCCUACAGCAGCAGCCAGCUCAGGUCGGAGGGGUCUCCUCAUUGCUUCAGGCAUCGCAGCGGAAGUCUGGAGUCACAACCUCGACUGAGAAAAGACACAGACUCGGAAAAGCCAGUGUUUAUCUUGUCACAGGCCCACCGCAGCAACAGCACAGAGGUGUUAGAGGACUGCUCCUCCUACACUAGUCAGUCCAGUCUGGACUACUGCGGGGCAGCCAACUCCCACUACAGUACUCUGGACUCCCGCACCUCAACCAUGCAUCGUCUCCACAGGAAGGUGGAAGUGUAUGGAAAUACCGGGAGUAUGCCCAACUUGGUCCAGCACCAUUCUGGUUGUAGUUAUUCAUGUGACGCCUCAGCACACUAUGCACCUAGUCCCUACUACGUCACCGAUUACCCCUGCUCGGACAUCGAGCCUUUCGCUAACGGUGCCUACGUGUAUGAGAAUGAAGUCGAAGGCCACUACAACGUCAACCCUUCCUACCAAAUAAAUGGGUAUCAUGGACAUGACAGAUUCAGGCACUAUAGCAGUGACCGGGCAGAUAGUCUGUCCCAGAAUCCCUACGCGACAGUGAGGCCACCGCGGAACAGAGAGGGGCCCAGAAAUGAGCUCUUGGCCAAGAACAUGCAGAAGGCCCUGGUGGCAGAGCAUCUGAGAGGCUGGUAUCACCGGAGCAGGGGCCACAGGGAUGGAGGGAGGGGGAUGCUGGCUGGAUAUGACUUCGACAGCGGCUCUCAGCUCAGCCUGGGCUACCAGACCAUGCCAGCGGCCUUCAGCCACUCCAGCAGAACCACCUCCUUCUCCUCAGUGUCCUCAGUGGAGAGCACGGGCAACUGGCGCAACCAGCUGGCGGUCGGCCUGACAGAGUACGAUACACCCGUCACACCUCAGUACCCUCACCCUGGAGCUCACUCCACUCCGUACAACCGCAGUCCUACACACAGCCGAUUUUCUCCAGAAAACAAAGUGUCUGACACAAUGCCUAAAAAUUCUGAGUCAGUUGAGGUGGUUGGUGAUGAGGCCACUACACUUCAGAGGUUAUGUCUUCUGGAGAGCUCUGGGAAGAGUUCAGUGUGCAGUGGAGAGUCUACCCCUCCCACCAGGCCUGUGAAAAUGGUCCACCUGCUGCUGUCAAUAGUGACUGAAGCAACUGUCAUCCCAAAAGAUCCUGACGGCCAGGCCAGCUGGGAGAAGGCGCUGAAAAAAGAAUGUUAG